AUGGAUGAUUAUAAUGGUACUCAUGAGAGUGGCCAUUUUAUGGAACUAUUAAUGGAUGGGGAUUACAGAAAUUACUGUGAUGAUCAUGAUGGUGGUGAUUAUAACAAUGUUGACAAUAAUAAUGAUGGUGAUAACAAUGAUGAUGAUGAUGGUGAGAGUAGUGACAGUGAUGAUGACAGUGAUUCUGAUAAUGAUGAUAAUAAUGACGAUUCUGAUGAGGAGUUUUACCAGCUUGUGACAGUUACCUGUGAAGCAGUUGUGACAUAUUUCAAUAAGUACAUUAAUGAGACUCUUUGUUAUGAUUCUGAACAAACAGGGUGGGCUUGGGUGAGACAUUGUAUGGAAGGUAAUGAGAAAUUGUGUUACAAUAUGUUUAUAAUGAAAAAGGAGGUGUUUCAUAAUUUGUGUCAAGUUUUACAACAUGACUAUGGACUUCAACAUUCAAGGAAUAUAAGUUUAGAAGAGUUAGUGGCAAUCUGUUUAUUGAAACUUGGUCAUGGAACAUGUAACCGAAUGGUUCAAGAAAUAUUUCAACAUUCGAGUGAAACCAUAAGUAGACAUUUUGAGAAGAUGAUCACUCUAUUGGGGGCUCGCUUUGUAGCUGCAUAUGUAAAGCCUUCAGACCCAACUUUUAGUGAAGUUCCAACCAAAAUACAAGACCAUCCAAUUUGUUGGCCACAUUUCAAAGAUUGCAUUGGUUUGAUUGAUGGCACACAUGUGAUAGCGGUUGUACCUACUGAGAAGUCCAUUCCAUACUUUGGAAGAAAGGGAUAUUCAACCCAAAAUGUGAUGGCUGCAUAUGACUUUGAUAUGUUAUUCACAUUUGUUUUGCCUGGAUGGGAAGGUGCAGCACACGACACCUCCAUUUUUCUUAAUACUAUUCGUAAACAAAGUAACAAUUUUCCGCACCCACCACCAGGGAAAUAUUAUGUUGUUGAUUCUGGAUACCUAAUGAUGAAAGGUUAUUUGGCACCAUACAAGGGGAUAUCAUACCAUCUUCAGGAAUUUCGAAGGAGAGGUGGAAGCCCUAGAACUAGACAUGAAAAAUUUAAUCAUGCUCACUCAUCUCUUCGAUGUACGAUUGAGCGCACUUUUGGUGUGUGA